AUGGAACAAAAUAUGAUCUUUGUGAAAUAGAAGUCCCAGAUGCAAUCCAAUGAAAUCAUUGAUAUAAUGAGAUUUGAAAGAGCAGAUAUAGAUCGAAGAAGAAAAUGAAGAGGAUUUUGGUGACCUUUGAUAUAGAUGGAACUCUGAUAAAGAGUUCUGGGUUGCUGCAUCGCCAAGCCUUCUCUCACGCUUUUCUUCAAGUUUUCAAUGUUAAAGGCUCCAUUGAUGCAAUCAAGUAUCAUGGUCAAACAGACCCGGCAAUUAUUGUGAAGACCCUUGUUCACUAUGGCAUUCCUUAUGAGUUGGCAAAUGGGAAAUUGCCGAUUCUUAAAUCAAGCAUGGUAGAUUAUGUAAAGAGCCAUGCUGAGGAUAUCGGAAAGGGUCUCGAAGUGCUCCCCGGAGUUGAAACUCUCCUUCAACGUCUAUCAUCACAGAAAAAUGUUAUAAUUGGGCUGGUGACUGGAAACUUGGAAGAAAUUGCGUGGAUGAAGAUGGAGGCCUUAGGCAUCAAGAAAUACUUCACAGUUCCUAACUUUGGAGGAUUUGGGAGUGAUCAUAUGGAGCGUGGACAUCUCGUGAGAAUAGCAGCAGAGAGGGCUGAAAACUUAUUUCCCGGGAAUUUGGACUUACGGGUGCAUGUUGGAGAUACAUUAAGUGACAUUGAAGCAGGCGAGUUUGGAGGGGCUCUUCCUGUGGGAGUUUGUACAGGGAUCUUUACUGCCGACGAGCUCAAGGGAGCCAGCAAUGGUGGGAAUGCUUUGAUACUACCAGAUCUUUGUGACACAAGAAGAUUCAUGGCCAUGCUGGGAGUAGAUGAAUAAACUCGACCACGUUGUAGAUAUUUAAGAUACUUAUCCUAAUGUCUCAGUGUUGGUGGAUAAAUAAAAAGAAAUGCAACUAUCUCUAAAGAGCAUUAACCCAUCCUCUUAUUUACUGUUCUACUUUUGAUUGUCUCAUUUUCUUAUAAAAUC